AUGUCCAAUCUACCAACGCUAGUUUUCAUACCUGGCUCCUGGCAUCAACCUACAUGCUAUAACAAAGUCACCAAACUCCUCCAAGACCAGCAUAAGUUGAAAUGUGUCUUGGUAACACUCCCUUCGACGGAGGGAAACCCAGCCGCGACCUUCAAAGAUGAUCUCGAUGCUGCCCGUGGAGCUAUAUCUAGCGAGACAACCCUUGGGCGCGAUGUUAUAGUCCUUGCACACUCCUAUGGCGGAAUAGUUGGCAACAGUGCCAUCAAGGGAUUCGCCCAGCCGCCUCGAGCCGUCACAGCAAGCCAAACCCAGCCCUCAACAGAUGGGCAUGUUAUUGGCCUUAUUCUCAUAGCCUCUGGCUCUACCCUGACAGGCCUCGCAUUUAUGGAUCCAUUAUUCGGCCAUCCUCCUCCUUCUUGGCGUAUUAAUAGUGAAACAGGCUUCGCCGAGCUUGUGGCUUCUCCUCGCGAGUUCUUUUAUCACGACUUACCAGACGAAGAGGCGGAAUUUUGGGUUUCUCAGCUCACUACCCAAAGCCUUAAAGCAUUGUUUGAGAGCGGUGAAUACACCUAUACCGGUUGGAAGGAUGUACCUGUCUGGUACCUUGGCACCCUCGAAGACCGUGGUUUUCCAGUGCUGGUGCAACGAAUGCAGGUGGGUAUGGCGAGGGAGAUGGGUGGAAGCGUGGAGCAUAGGGAGCUACCGACAAGCCAUUCGCCAUUUCUAAGCCAACCGGAGGCGACGGUGAGCAUUAUACUAGAGGCUGUCCAGGCCUUUACAGGAAAGGCGGGGGAAAACAAAGUGCACGAUCGUGGCAAGGCGAUAGUAGCACCGAAAGCCACGCUGUGGCAGCCCGCUACGUGGUUUAGAUUUGGACUACCGUUGACCUUUGGCCGUAUUAUAGGGAGGUGUAUUGUCAUAUAUAGCUGGGGAAGAAGGCUAGUUAGGUCUAGAUAG